CCCAAGCCGAAGGCAGACUGAGCCCCCCAGACACCCCAGCCCUCACCAGUUUUUCUUUCCUGAACUGUCUUCCCUAGGCCCCCUCAUUAGUGCCUCUACUCUCUUUGCUGUGAGCCAGUCCGGCCUCCCCAGCUGUAUUGUCCGGCUCCGUGGGUGGGGGUGGGGUGCCUCGGGUUCCUCCUGACACUCCCCUGCAUUUCAAGUCUUGGCGAGGACGAGGACAGCCGGUGCAGAGUGAUCUCAUGGCACAGCUGGGUGGUGUGGCAACUCUCCCAAGUGUGGAGUCCACCGGGAGAUGGUCAGCUGGGGAAGGGCCCUGGGGGAGGGCCGCUCAUUCGGAGGCAAGAAAUCACUUGGGGGAGAGGUGGGAGCCAUUCGUCUCCUACAAGAUUAGCCCAGAGCCUGUUCGGGGUAGGGAUGGGCGAGGCUCCUCCCCUCCCGCCCCCUCCCUCCCAGGUGCUGGCCCCCAGCCCCACCUGGUGGGCAGCCGACUCCAUAAAAUGCCCCAAGGAGCAGGAGGCAGCCGUUAGGAGGAGCCGCAGGAUGAGCUCGGAGCAUGGCCAGCAGCCGCAGCCGGGGGGCCGAAGGGGCCGUGGUGAUAAGAAGUCCAGAAGGCGAGGCCGGCGCAAGGAAACCUACUCAGUGUAUAUCUACAAGGUGCUGAAGCAGGUGCACCCAGACAUUGGCAUCUCUUCCAAGGCCAUGAGCAUCAUGAACUCGUUUGUGAAUGAUGUGUUCGAACGUCUGGCUGGCGAGGCUGCCCGGCUGGCCCAGUACUCGGGCCGAACCACACUGACCUCCCGGGAAGUCCAGACGGCCGUGCGCCUGCUGCUGCCCGGGGAGCUGGCCAAGCACGCUGUGUCUGAGGGCACCAAGGCCGUCACCAAGUACACCAGCUCCAAGUGACCCGGGGCCGAGCGUUUAAUAAAAUGUGAACUGCUCCCGUG